AUGUUGCCAUCACAACCGACUGCUUCGGAAGGUCUCGGUAAAGCAACACCGAUCAACUACAUUGAAUUAUUCUCAAAAGUAAAAAAUUUCUUAUACAAUGAGGAGGUGUUGAAAGACUCUGAUGAAAAUAUUAUUCAACAAGCAUGCUCUCAACAUUAUAUAAAAUUAGAGAACAAGGGAUAUUCGUACUUUCCUGACUUUUUGUUGUACAGUAAAUCUUUGAAAUCGGAGCUUGAUGUUUUGAUACUCAGUUAUAACAAGAUACAAUCAAUACCGCCUGAAAUUAUUCAAUUUGAAGCUCUAAAAGUUUUAGACUUGAGCCAUAAUCACUACAUCAAAAACUUCACAUACGAAUUAAUGAAUUUAAAGAAUUUAAAGGCACUGGAUUUGAGUUACAAUAGAGUAGAGAAAAUACCAGAUGCUUUCUUUGAAAAGAUGAUAUCUAAAAUAAUGGUAUUGAAAUUGAGUAGUAAUCAUAUCAGUUUUAUUGGGAACGGAAAUUGGGCCAAUUUAACAUCCACUUUGAUAGAAUUAGAUUUAGAAGAUAACAAACUGUCCAUCAUUCCGCAUAGCAUUUGCGAUUUAGUUAACUUGACCUGUUUGAAUUUCGCAGGCAAUCAUAUAUCUGUGAUUCCGAAUGAGUUUCACAAAUUGACCAAAUUAAAGCAACUCUACUUGAAUAGAAAUAGAAUUAGAGAGUUACCCACCAUGGAUCUAGAAGAUGGGCGUUCUGUGUGUGUUUUUUACAACAUGAGAGGGCUUGAACACCUUGACAUUUCUCGAAAUUCAAUUCAUGCAAGAGAUUUGAGAGGCUUAGGAUCGCUUACUUCCCUCAAAGCCUACUUAUUCUCAAACAACAAGCUGACACAUCUUUCAAGCAGAUUUGAGAUUACAAAUUUGUGCAAAAACCUCCAGAUUAUUAACAUUUCAAAUAACGAGCUUCAGCAAUUACCUACAAUACUUGCAGAUACUGUCGGAAAAUACGUGACAGAAUUGAAUAUUUCAAACAAUUAUAUAUCAACGUUAGGAGAAAAUUUUGGAAAGUUCACAGCGCUGAAACGUUUACUCAUGUCAAAAAAUUAUAUCACCCGAUUACCUACCUCAUUUGGACGAUUAGUGAACUUGGUUGUGCUAAAAGCAAGCCACAAUGAAAUUUCUUUCAUUGAUGAGGAAUGUUUCAAUGAAAACAUGAAAGAACUCAAAGAUAUUGAUUUGGAUUAUAAUUGUUUAAAGCAACUUCCAAGAAGUAUUGGAACACUUGAAAGUUUAAUCUCCUUACGUGUGGAACACAAUGAAUUGGUUACUCUACCCGAUACUAUUGUCAACUGUCCUUAUUUGUACGGUAUUUACGCUGCGUAUAAUGAGAUAUCAAGCCUUCCUGAGAACAUUGGAUCGUGUAAAUGGCUAAGAAAAAAUCCACAACUCAUUGAAUUCAUGAGAAAUCAAAUAGAGCUAGACAAAAUUGAGAAAGAGAGACUUCUUGCUGAAUACACAGAGAAGUAUGAACGGUUCAAAAAUCAGUCGAAGGGCUUCUUGGAAAAAAUCAGCAGUGUACGUAGAAAGAAAGAAAGCGACAACACUGCUGGUAAUAAUGAGGCCAUAUCAUCAACUUCAGUGGUGCCUGCGAGUACUGGUUCGAACAACCUUAGUACAAAAGAUCAUAAUGCUUCUUCAUCGAAUUUAAUGGCAGAGUCAUCUUCACAACAAGGCGUAGAAAUGAAAACUCCUGCUGAAUUCAUGGCAGAGCAAACAUUUCUGUCUGACAUUUUGAAAACCAAAACUAAGGAAGCAAUUCAAUGGAGAAGAACACAAUGA